UUUUAAAAUGUUAAAGCAAUUAUUUUAAUAGAAGGUUAAUCCAAGGUGAACGUACCUAUGAAACGCGCUUUCUGUGUACCUCGAUGAUUAUUUUUGCUCUGUUAACGUUCCGUAAUAUAUCAAAUUAUAGUAUAUUAUAUCGCACGUAAACAUACGAUAAGAUUUGUAAUAACCUGUUUUCGCCUUGGUUGCGUCAAGCAGAACGGAACAAGGCAGUUUAAAAGAUAUUUUUACGUAAAUAACUAGUUUGACUUUACCGACCGAACUAUCGACCCGCAUCGUACUCUGCUAAAAGGGUUUUUUCUUGUAUGCACUAUAUUUCUAUCUUAAGAAGACCCAGUGUAUAAAAUUCAUUUUACCCAGCAGAUUACACUUGACUGCUUCAUUUAUUUGCUGAUUGUUUCGAAGGCUGGACUCUCGUUUUUAUUUAUCAGUUUGUGUACCCUUGCGGUAUCAGAAUUCAUGUUCAAAGAAUUAUUACUAUAAUGUUUACGUUAAGUAUUUCUCUUUGGGUAACGCUUGUGUUUAUACAAGUCCAGAUUGCGGUGCUGAUUUCACAACAUCCAAAAUUGUUAGUGGUCUCCUAUGAUGGUUUCAGGUAUGAUUAUUUGAUUCGCAAUUUGACUCCUUUUAUGGAUGGCUUAAAGACUAAUGGUACAUAUGCUGAUUACAUGAAGAACAUUUUCAUUACAAAGACGUUUCCCAACCAUCAUUCUAUUAUGACAGGGCUGUACGCCGAAACACAUGGUGUUGUUGAUAACAGUGUACUUGACCCUGAUUCGGGCGAAAUGAUUAAGUAUUCAUAUAAAAUGUUUCAUUACAAUGAAAAAAUAUCUCCAAUUUGGACAAUUAAUGAAAUGGCAAAUAAUGGAAGACGUAGUGGGUUAAUGAUGUGGCCUGGGGGUCACUUCAAGUAUCAGAAUAUCUUUCCCACUUAUGCACAGGACCUUAACAUUUCUGUCUCCUGGGAGCAGAGAAUCGACGUUCUAAUAUCCUGGUUCACAGAUCCAAUUUCUCCGAUAAAUUUUGGAGUAUUAUAUAUAGAAGAACCAGAUUUACUUGGUCAUGCCGUGGGUAUACAUGGAGAUCUCUUCGAUAAAAUGCUUAUUAAACUUGAUCGUAUUACGGAAUAUUUACAUGAUCAACUAGGUCGUCAUGGUCUUACCGACGUUAAUGUUAUUCAUCUGAGUGACCAUGGAAUGGAAAGUGUUACUUUAGAUAGAAUCAUAAAUAUAACAAAUUAUAUAAAUGAUUCUGAUUAUAAAAUAAUCGAAUCUCCAACAACGGUACAUAUAUACCCCAAGAAUGGAAAAGAGGAUCUAAUUUAUCAAAAACUAGCAGUAGUAAGUAAUAAAACGAGGCAUUUCAAUGUUUAUAAAAGGGCUAAUAUACCGCACGAGUAUCAUUAUGGUAAUAACUUGAGAGUGGGCCCUAUCUUUGUCGUGGCUAAUUUGGGUUAUGCAUUUUCAUCUCUUUACAAUUUUAUUCCGGACUAUGAAAAAGCAUACAAUUUCACAGUUAAUAACAAGAGUGAAUUUGGAUUACAUGGUUACGACAAUAAAAUUAAGGAGAUGCAUCCGAUAUUUUUUGCAAGUGGUCCUGCAUUUCAAUCAAAAUGCAAAUUGGAACCUUUCGAUAGCGUAGAUUUACUUCCUUUAUUUUGUGAAGUACUUAAUCUGUCGUGCCCUUCUGUGAAUGGUACGUUGCAACACUUUCGUAAGUGUUUAAAACAGUCGGCAGACAUUAAAUCUUCAACUGUAAUUAUAUUGGCAAUUGUCAUCUGUGCCUUAUUAAUUUUGGGUGGACUCGGAGGUGUACUUGUUCCACAUUAUAUUAGCAAGAUGAAAGGACAUCAAAGACAAUCAAUAAGUGAUCCUGACAUGGAGCGACUUUUAGAGGAAAGUGCUUCCUCGGACUAUGUUUGGCGUCAGAAGAUAAAUUACUCGAUACUACCUAAUACUAACAGUAAUGGACUAUAAAUAUUUCUUUGAUCACCUGAGAAAAGUGAUACUGCCGAAAUUUGUACAGUGUCGAUAUAAGUGUACAUAUUCACUCUUUAACUAUGUUUUUCUAGAAUUACUGUACUUUUUACAUACUUAAUCUUUUCCGUGACAGUGACAGUUUCCAAUAAUGUAAUUACAUAUGAUUUAUACAAUUUCAAUUAACCCCCAAAUGGUGAUGUGCGUAAAUAAGGCAAUCGAAGGUGUGUGUAUAACUAGUCAUUUGAUAAUAUACGUAUAACAUUAAUUCGAUUGUACAUAAAUCUAUUGAAGGGAAUAUAGUAAUUAAAGUUCCCUUGUUAAAGCCA